AAGACACCUCCUGGCGCUGAUCCUAAGCAGUUGGAAAGGACUGGAACAGUAAGGGAAAUUGGGUCACAAGCUGUUUGGUCACUCUCGUCUUGCAAACCAGGGUUUGGAGUGGAUCAGUUACGAGAUGACAAUCUAGAAACUUACUGGCAGUCUGACGGUUCCCAGCCUCAUUUAGUGAAUAUCCAGUUUAGAAGAAAAACAACAGUGAAGACACUAUGUAUUUAUGCAGACUAUAAAUCUGAUGAAAGCUACACUCCAAGCAAAAUCUCAGUCAGAGUAGGAAAUAAUUUUCACAACCUUCAAGAAAUUCGGCAACUGGAAUUGGUGGAACCAAGUGGCUGGAUUCACGUUCCCCUAACUGACAAUCAUAAGAAGCCAACUCGAACAUUCAUGAUUCAGAUUGCCGUUCUAGCCAAUCACCAAAAUGGAAGAGACACCCACAUGCGACAGAUUAAAAUAUACACGCCAGUGGAAGAGAGCUCGAUCGGCAAAUUUCCUAGAUGCACAACCAUUGAUUUCAUGAUGUAUCGUUCGAUAAGGUGACUUUAAAAUGGAACAAAAGGUAUUAAAUACAUCUUUGUGUUUCCUGUCCUUAUAUAUUAUGUCAUAUAUCUUCAUUGAAAAAAUGCAUUUAUUUGAAAUGUGUUGUCAUGUUAUUGAAAUUUUGUAUGUUUAAGAGUAUUUUAACUUUGAUAAAUAAAUCACUUUUUUGAUAAUAUUGUCUGUUUUCUUUAACAUAUAAGAAAUCUCACAUAUUUUGUAUUA